GAUUAUUUUACAUUUGUUUCUUUGCUUUAGGAGACAGAUCCUUGAUACUCAAUUCUACAAAGAAAAACAAACACUGCAUUGCACAGUUUAGAUAAAAGUGAUAAAAAAUAUACAAUUAACAUAUUGGUAUUAUGUUAUUUAAAUUAUACAUGCAGAGUAGACUCUACUUGGUAGGGAUGCUUGUAAAAGCACAUUAACCAAAAAAAAUAAACUUCUAGAGGAAAAAUUAUGAAGAAAAGUAAUAUAAAGAAUUUAGAAUUGACUGUAGCAUGUAAUUAUGUUAUUGGCAAUUCACCCAGGAGAACCCACUUACAAAUGUAUAAACUAAAUGAUAUAUACUUGUUUCUGCUUUAAGUUACCAUAUUUAUAUGUACAUUUAUAUGUAUAUUUAGGUUACUAUGUGUAUUUAGCUAAUGUGCAUUUUGUAUUUAUAUAGUUGGGUCAUUUACAUACAUUUAGACUUAUCUAUAUAUUUAAGUUUAUAUAUUUUUAUCUAGAUAUUAAUAUAAAUACUAUGCCUAUAUGUGUUCAAUUUUUUGUCUUCUUUUCCUGUAAAGUUUUGAUAAGGAUGACAAAAGAGUUAUGAAGAAUCAAUCAAUGGAAAUAGAAUUCAUUCUCCUAGGACUGACAGAUGAUCCACAACUGCAAAUUGUGACUUUCCUGUUUCUAUUUAUCAACUACAUCUUGAACCUGAUAACAAACUUAAUCAUCCUUCUUCUCACCCUCCUGGAUCCCCAUCUCAAGACCCCAAUGUAUUUCUUCCUUCAAAAUUUCUCCUUCUUAGAGGUUUCAUUCACAACAGUCUGCAUUCCACGAUACUUGAUAAGCAUUCUCACUGGAGACAAAAAAAUUUCCUACAAUGGUUGUAUAACACAGUUGUUCUUUUUUCUUUUAUUAGGAGUUACAGAGUUUUACCUUCUGGCGGCCAUGUCCUAUGACCGCUAUGUUGCCAUCUGCAAACCUCUGCAUUACCCAGUCAUUAUGAACAGCAGAGUGUGCCACCAGCUUGUCCUCAGCUCUUGGGUAGCUGGCUUCCUAAUUAUAUUUCCUCCUUUGGUCUUGGGACUUCAGCUGGAUUUCUGUGCUUCCAAAAUAAUUGAUCACUUCCUCUGUGACAGUUGUCCCAUGCUACAGCUCUCUUGCACAGAUACACAUAACCUAGAAUUGGCAUCUUUUGUCUUAGCUGUGGUGACACUUGUAGUCACUUUGCUGUUAGUGGUCCUCUCCUACACAUACAUCAUCAAAACUAUUCUAAAAUUCCCUUCUGCUCAUCAAAGAACAAAGGCCUUUUCCACCUGUUCCUCACACAUGGUUGUUGUCUCCAUUACUUAUGGGGGUUGUAUUUUUAUGUAUAUGAAACCAUCAGCAAAGGAAAGGGUGGCCUUAACUAAAGGUGUAGCACUGCUCAAUACCUCCAUUGCUCCUUUACUAAACCCCUUCAUUUAUACCCUAAGGAAUCAGCAGGUGAAGGAUGCUCUCAAGGAUGUGCUUCAAAGGUUGUGUCACUUACAAAACAGUGAGAUGAAAUGUAGACAUCGAUAAGGUAUCCUCGAAACAUGAAUGGAGGAAUUGAGUACGAGUUUCCAUUCAGUACUUUAUAUCUAUCCCAUUUCUUCCCUCAAAAUGAUGCAUAUUGUAUUGGAUUUACUCAGACUUCCUGAGCUCAGCUCUUUUUUCUGUUUUGUCCGAAUAGACCAUUUUACUCUUUCAUAGGAAAUGACCCCUUUGGGGGGGGGGCAUGCCCAUAGUGUGUGGAAGUUCCCAGACCAGGGAUUGAACCAGAGCCACACCAGUGACAAUACUUAAUCCUUAACUUCUUAGGCCACCAGGGAACUCCCACAACCACCUUCUUCAGUGCAAAAUAUUGAGCCAGUAUUUGUCUAGAAAUGUCUCUUCUCAUAAAUGAGAGCUUCAUAUACUGACUAUUUUCUAAAAUAAAUCUUGUGAGCUAUGCAUCAUUAAUUAUAUCAAUAUAUGUGUGCUAUUGGUAAGAUCAAUGUUGCCUUCCAAGUGAAAUUACAAUUUAUGUGGUAUUUUGCAUGUUGAAUAAAGAAAUAAAAGGAAGUCAAGUGUUUCAGAAGUAUAAAAUGUGCAAAGGAACUUAGACUCUAUUAAAUAAGUUUUAAGAAAGGAAUCAGAGAGGAAUUAGAGAAAUUUUUGAAGCAUGUGAUUAGAAUAUGUAGCAUUAAAAUUAUGAGAUACCUAAAGGUCUAUUUGUGGGAAAGUUGUAUAACUAACUUCAUGCUUUAGGAAAUACAAAAGUUAAAAAUCAUUCUCUCAGUCAGUGCUGUUCACUAUGGUAAUUCCUGGCUAUCUAUAGCUCUUAAGCAUCUGAAAUGUGGCUAGUGUGACUGAGGAACUGAAUAUUUUAUUUUCAUUAUUUUAUUUAUUUUUUCUUUUACUUUAGCAAAUUGAUUUAUGAAGGAAAACACAUCAUAUAGUAGCCUCCUCCAUUCAUUGGAAAUGCAUUCGGUAUACAUGUGUUAAGUGUGGAAACAGGGAAUGGAUAAGGAAGAGAAAUACUCCCCCCCACUCCUCUAUCCCCACAAUCUAAAGCUUUAAUAAACCUCUCAUUCCUUUUUUUCCCUAAAGAUCUCUGACUCUAUUAUAUGUAUUGGAGGCCCACUGUUACAUGUAUAUACUAAACUUCAAAAUGUCCCAAGGGUUGAAAGCAAAGCCUCCCUCAUUUAUAUCCUUGACUCUAAGAUUAUUCAUAUUCAGUUCAAGAAUAACCUUCCCAUGUGAGUUCCCGUUUUGGCACAGUGGAAAUGAAUCCGACUAGUAACCAGAAGGUGCAGGUUUGUUUCUGGGUCUCACUCAGUGGGUUAAGGAUCAAGCAUUGCCUUGAGCUGUGGUGUAGGUCGCAGAUGUGGCUCGGAUCCCAUGUUACUA